CGUAAGGUCCUGCGCUUUUAGUUCCGCGGCUCGCUGAACGGAGAUCUGCGAGUGAAGAUGAAUUCUCUGGCGCAGGAGAUCCGGGGAUUCUCCGCGGCGCGUCUGAGGAAGCAGAGCACGAGAGUCACGACCGUGACGGGCGAGAGACUCGUGGAGACGCGCCGCGGAGAUCGUUUCCACGCGGAGCGCGACGGUGCCGCGGCGUGCGGGUUCGUGCAGGACACGAGCCUCGACCUGCAAGUGGGCAUCAUCAGACCCUUCCUCCUGCUCUCAUCACAGGAUGCUGCCCAUGAUAUAGACACAUUGAAGAAAUUACAGGUGACUCAUGUGCUGAAUGUGGCGUACGGGGUUGAGAACGCGUUCCCUGAUCUCUUCAUGUAUAAAACUGUUACCGUGUUAGAUCUUCCUGAGAUAGACAUCACCUCAUACUUCCCUGAAUGUUUCCAGUUCAUAAAUGAAGCCAGUCAGCAGGGUGGAGUGGUGCUGGUUCACUGUAACGCCGGCGUUUCUCGCUCUGCUUCUGUUGUCAUCGGGUUCCUCAUGUCCCAGGAAAAGAUGUCAUUUAAUGAAGCCUUCAGCGCUGUGAAAACCGUCAGGCCUUACAUUCAACCAAACCCAGGCUUUAUGAGUCAGCUGAAGAAAUAUAACCCAUGAUUCUCCACAAAGACUGAAUUUGUAAAACAAAAUGUCCUGUUUUUAGCAUUUAAAUGUUCCUCAAACUGCUUGAUUACUGCACGUGUCAGAUUUAUAUUUAUAUGAUUUAAUGAGCUGAUGAGAUGAAGCAGGUGUGUAAGAUAUGUUAAACAUCAGAAAUGUGGUGUUUGGGGACUCCAGGACCAGGACUGAGAAACUGUUUUAGUGCCAACAUCUUUUAUUUCAUAUUUAUAUAUGAUUAAUUCUAUUAAAAUAUUUUAAUGAAUUUUUAUGUUUAUACUUAAUAAUAAAAAAAAAAUUAAACCUC